AUGUCUACCAAAGCAGAAAUCAGCUCAAUUCACCAGGCAACUUGCAAGAAGACCGCUACAUCUAUCCGCAAGCAAUGUCAAUUUAAUUCCAAGCUCUACCAGGAAAAUUGGGGUCCUACAAAGACAACCAAAUUGGGAUCUUCAGCGCUCAUCUUGUCGGCUGCGCAUCCCCACCUGCCUCACGAAGACGCUCACUUGUCAAACCAGCCGACUUCUGAUGAGAUAGCUAAGGCCAAAGCAAGGAAGUUGAGCGCUCUGGGCCACCGAUAUCGUUCCAACAACCAAACGGAUCUAAACCUUGUUGAACUUCCACCAGACCAGCCCAAACAAUCAUUUGUUGAAAACAAUCUUGAUUCAACUUCACUCCCAAUCCCCGGCAAAGAUAGGCCUGAAAAUCCUCCUUACCAACAGUUCCCGUCCGCUCCAGCAGCCUCAGAUGCUACCACUGCUGGCACUCCCACUCAUUCCGGCCCCCAGGACAACUUGAUUGAUAGUGCACCAACUCCAGGUGCUGAUCCUCUAGAUCUUGCUCUGCGCGCUUCUCAAAGUCCAGGCCCCAACCCCCACCUGGAAAUUCUUCCAACAUCUGCUCCAGGGGAUGAGGUUCAACAACCAACCUCACUUGCCAUUAAAACUCCUGCUUUCAGCCAUCCCAAUCCCCAUGACUCAAGUGCAGCUCUGUCCAACUCCCUGCAAGCAUCCCCUUGCUAG